AAAAAGAAAUUAGGGGAAUAUAUAAAGGGGAAAACAAAAGAACCCUAAUUUUCAUUCAUCCAUCCAUCACCAGCAGCGCCGCUCCAUCAUCAUCAAGGUAGGAUGGCCGAAAAGGGAGGACAAAUCGUUCCGGAGUCUGUUUUGAAGAAACAGAAGAGAGCCGAGGAAUGGGCCUUGGUUAAAAAGCAGGAGGCUGCAGCACUCAAGGAAAAGAAGUCUGCAAACAGGAAGCUGAUAUACAACAGGGCUAAGGACUAUGCCAAGGAAUACGCUGCACAGGAAAGGGAGCUCAUUCAGCUGAAACGUGAGGCUAGGUUGAAGGGAGGAUUCUAUGUGAACCCUGAAGCCAAGUUGCUGUUCAUCAUUCGUAUUCGUGGUAUUAAUGCCAUGCACCCCACGACGAAGAAAAUUUUGCAGCUGUUGCGUCUUCGCCAGAUUUUCAAUGGAGUGUUCCUAAAAGUUAACAAGGCAACAGUGAACAUGUUGCACAGGGUUGAACCCUAUGUGACUUUCGGGUACCCGAACUUGAAGAGUGUGAAAGAACUGAUAUACAAGAGGGGUUUCGGCAAGGUGAACAAGCAGCGCAUUGCCUUGACAGACAACUCUAUCAUUGAGCAGACCCUUGGCAAACACGGAAUCAUCUGCAUCGAAGAUCUUAUCCACGAGAUCUUGACUGUCGGACCCCACUUUAAGGAAGCCAACAACUUCCUCUGGCCGUUCCAACUUUCCGCACCCCUGGGUGGUCUGCAGAGGAAGAGGAAUCACUAUGUUGAAGGAGGAGAUGCUGGAAACCGCGAAGACUAUAUCAACGAGCUCAUCAGAAGGAUGAACUAGGUUUUUUCGACUCUAGCAUUUUUGGGCAUUUUGAGGCUGUUCUUUGUUGCUGUAGGAUCGACAAGUCCUUUUUGUUCUCUGCUCUCAAGUUAGUUACUUUCUGCGUUCUGAUUCACUACAUCAAGCUUGUUCUUUUAGACACUUUUAUGUUUGAAUUUACAUGAGAGAUAAUCUAUGGCUUGUUUUCAUAGCCACCUAAUUGAAGUCUAUGAGACAUCUUUUCCUUUUA